GCCAAUCCCGGGCCGCUCCUCCCCCGCACACAGCGAUCACUUCCUCAUUCUGGCCCGGAGCAGUGACGCCCUCAUCUCGGGCUAUUAGCAGAUAUCUACCCCCGGGAUACCAGCUGUGCCGCCGCGUACACCAUGUCCAAGCCGCCCCCCAAACCCGUGAAGCCAGGGCAAGUGAAAGUGUUUCGGGCUUUGUACACCUUUGAGCCUAGAACGCCUGAUGAACUAUACUUCGAUGAAGGGGAUAUUCUUUAUAUUUCAGAGAUGAGUGAUUCCAACUGGUGGAAGGGCACCUGUAAGGGAAAAACUGGACUUAUACCAAGUAAUUAUGUUGCAGAACAGGCUGAAUCUAUUGAUAAUCCACUGCACGAAGCAGCUAAAAGAGGUAACCUUAGCUGGUUAAGAGAGUGUUUAGAAAACAGAGUAGGAGUCAAUGGUUUGGACAAAGCUGGAAGCACUGCUUUAUAUUGGGCGUCUCAUGGAGGACAUAGAGAUGUUGUAGAAGUUUUGCUGACACAGCCAAACAUUGAACUCAACCAACAGAACAAGCUCGGUGACACAGCUCUGCAUGCUGCUGCAUGGAAAGGAUAUGCCGACAUUGUAGAAUUGUUGCUUUUGAAAGGUGCAAGAACAGAUUUACGGAAUAAUGAGAAAAAGUUGGCCUUGGAUAUGGCUACAAAUGCACAAUGUGCCUCACUGCUUAAAAAGAGACAAGGGCAAGACCUUGUACGAUCGUCUAGCAAUGCAGAAGAAUACCUUGAUGACGAAGACUCAGAUUAGUUGUCGGUUCGUUGGUUGCUCUAUAGUCCCUGCAUUCCAGUGCACAUCUUCAUUUGAAGACAACCCAAGCUAUGCAAAGAUUCAGUGGGAUGGAUUUUUAUCAAACCAGUCUAAUAAAAAAAAGCUUUAGCUUUUUUUUUGUUCUUUUAAACUGCCCCAAAAAUAAAGCUGUGCUUCUGAUUGGUUGGUAUUGGCAACAAGGGCAAGUUUUUUGUAAGACAGGUUAGAUGAGUAAAGCCCAAUAUGUGACAUUAUCCAAAAUGCCUUAUAAUACUGUACCAUAGAUAAAAAAUAAACCCAUUCCAUGUUGUUGUUCCCACCUAAUAGGAUGGCAUUUGGUUGUCCUUUGCCUGCACUUGACUUUUUUUUUAUUUUCAUUUUUUUACGAUUUUUUCUUUGUUGUGUUUUAUGUCUGACAUCUAACUUUGAUCAGUGUCUUAAUUUUCAUCUGCUAAUCUCUUUAAAAAACAUCCUCAUGAUCAAAAUAUCUUAAGUGACUAAAAGAAAUAAAGUUUAACAUAAAUGAAAUGUUUUUACUUAUUUGACAAUCAGACCUUGGUUGUAUUUAACUUUUUGCAUAGAAUAAAUGAUCUUAUAAAUUC